AGAUUUAAAGCAGUGGUUCCCAAACUGGGGGCCAUGGCCCCCUGGGGGGCCAUAUAGCAGAAUGUAGGGGGCCAUAAUCUGAGGCUAUGCAUAAAUAAAACCAAAGGAGUUUAGCGGGUAGGUAGCCAGUGGAGGGAACUUACAGGUUCAGUACAGGUUUGUGCAAUGCCUUGCUGCCAGACACAUGGGUAAUACGUCCCUUUUUUUCUUUUUAUCUGAUUCUGUGUUCUUGACAUAAAACAAGACAUGGGGAUGUAUUAGGGAAGCAAGAUAAUUUUAACUCAACAUAAUUCUAAUCUAAGGCUUCCUAAGCUGUGUAUUCUGUAUGAUAACCUGGUCUUGAAUCUUACGUAUCAGCAAGGAUGUUCAUAUUAUUCAGUUAACCAGACAUUCACAGUUACAACAUUGAUCACCGUGUGUGCCUCCCCAUAUAAUCAGUUUCCUCCCACCUGUGAAUACUUCAGUAUUAUAUGAACUUAAGCCAACAUCAAUACCACUUUAAUGGUACAGUGAUGGCUUCUAAUAAGAAACGCAACUAUGAUGACAACUACCUGGAUUUUGGAUUUACAAGCAUCACUGAUAAAGGUGUAGUGAAGCCUCAGUGUGUGAUUUGUCACAAAAUACUCACAGCUGAAUCACUAAGGCCCAGUAAGCUUAGAUUACAUCUGGAAACCAAGCAUCCUCAACAUGUUGGCAAAGAUCGUUCCUUCUUUAGUCGACAAGAAUUGAACAUGAAGAGACAGCGACUUGAUGCCAGUGGUUCCUUUCAUCAACAAAAUGCUGCCGUAGUGGAGGCAUCAUUUCUUGUAGCCCUUGAAAUAGCAAAGAAAAAGAAGCCUCACACAAUUGGGGAGGAAUUAAUUUUGCCAUGUGCCAAAACAAUGGUAAAGCUUGUUUUGGGUGAGAAAAGUGCUGAAAAGCUGAAUGCUAUUUCACUCUCAAAUAAUACAGUGCAACGCCGAAUCUCCCAAAUAUCUGAUGACAUCAGAGAGCAGGUGAUACAGGAAAUCAAAAGAGCUGGAUUAUUCAGUAUUCAACUCGAUGAGUCCACUGACGUCCAGUCCUGCUCACAACUCCUGGCUUUUGUAAGGUAUGUUCAUGAUGAGGAUCUGAAGGAGGAAUUCUUGUUUUGUGAGCCUCUUGAACAAUCUACAAAAGGUGAAGAUGUAAUGCAGAAACUUACAGAAUUCUUUGAAUCUGAAGGUCUUGACUGGGGCAAUCUUUGUGGGAUAUGCACAGACGGGGCUCCAGCCAUGUUGGGUUCUCAGUCAGGUUUUGUUACAAGAGUUAUACAAAAGCACCAAAUGCUAUCCUCUUCACUGCAUGAUCCACAGGCAAGCUCUUGCAUCAAAAACGCUACCCUCAGAAUUACAGGACACUCUGAAUACAAUUAUAAAGACAGUUAACUUUGUAAAGGUAGUGCUCUUAACACACGCCUUUUCAAGAGACUCUGCCAAGAUAUGGAUGCAGCUCAUGAGACCCUCCUAUUUCAUACAGCAGUUCGCUGGCUAUCAAAAGGAAAUGUAGUUCAACGUGUAUUUGAGCUCAGAGAAGAGAUCAGCCUCUUUCUCAGAAUACAGAACAAGCAAGAUUUGCUGUCAGCAUGGUCUGCAGAUAGCUUCGAAAUACGGCUAGCCUAUCUUGUUGACAUAUUUAGACAGUUGAACACACUGAACCUGGAACUCCAAGGGAAAGGAAGCUUGAUAAUCGAUUUUGUGGACAAAAUCAAAGCUUUCAUUCGUAAGAUGGAGAAUUGGAGGCGCAAAGUUGGAAUGGGAAACUUGGCAAUGCUGGAGACAGUGUCAGAAAUUGUAGAGAAGUGUGAUGCUGCUACGCAGAACUUGAUUACCCAACAUCUUGAGGCCUUGGAAGGGGAGUUUAAAAGAUACUUCCCAGAUAUCCAAAGCCUAACUUCUCGGCUAGUAAGGGCCCCCUUCACUGCUGCAGUGACAUGCAUUCCUGAUGACAAUGAUGAUGGCCAAACUGAGCUGUUGACACUUCAGGAGGAUUCAGGAGCUAAGAUGAAGUUUGAAACUGAAUCUCUCACAGUAUUUUGGUCAUCAAUGGCAGCUUCAUACCCAAACUUAUGUGACUUAGCUUUUCGCCACCUCCUACCAUUUUCAUCAACUUAUUCCUGCGAGGCUGCAUUCUCUCAACUACUCCACAUUAAAACGAAAUAUCGCAACAGACUUGAAGUGAAGCAUGACCUACGGUGUGCUUUAAGUGAAACAAAACCAAGAAUCAAGAAGCUUGUUGAUAAUCUGCAACAUCACCCUUCACACUGAGUGGAAUGGGGAUUCAAAAGUGAAGGAAACAUGAACGUGGCAUGAACGUUCAGAAGCAAAUGGUCUGGGAGGAGGUGGGUGUGUGGCCACUGAAGGCCAUGGUUGUGGCAGUUAAUUAUGACUCCCUAUGAUAGCAUUUCAUUUCAGAAUUACAAAGUUAUCAGAUUUGUAAGAUUCAAAGAUCAGAUCACAUUGCGUGGGAUUAAUACACUUUUUCAAUCCAGUGGAAUUUCUUUGUUUCUUAUUUUUUUUGCUUAUUGCUGAAACAGCUUUUCACAAUAAUGCAAUUUUUAAUUACUCUACAUAUGAAUUUUUUAAUGUGCAUUAUAUUACUUCUUUAGUACCAUUUCAAUAAUUAUAGGAGAUUCAGCAAAGGCAAAAUACAAAUUUCUUUAUUAAUAAUUAAUAAAAGAAAAAAUAACAAAUGGAAUCAAUAAAAUUACAGGAUUUGC